CAGAGAUGGAGCGUGAACUGAAAUUUGAAAAGCAGAUUUACUUUUAUGAAGAGAUUUUGUCUGGAAGUGAAUAAUUUUGGGACAAUCACUCGAGAUUCAAACAAAGUGUCUUUAUAUUUCGAGAGGGCAAAGAUCAUUGAUUCGAUAAGGCUAUGCCUGCAUUCAAAUGUUUCCCAAGCUUCCCUCGUCAGCAUGUUAAGCAAUGCUCGGCUUGAUUCUUUCGUCGUCGCCGCUGCCCUCCGGUCAGCCCCCUCGCCUGCGUCGGCAUUGUCGAUGGUUGAAGGUUUGAAGCAGGUCAAGCAAUUCUCACAUUCGCAACUCACGCUUCGCGCCGUGGCUAAAAUUCUCGCACGGUCCGGCCAAACGCGUAGACUCGGGGCGUUGAUCGAUGCGAUUAAUGCCGGGAGAUUUGGGAAUAUUCGGCCUGUCGGCUGCAUGGAUUGCAUGCGGUGGUAUGCCGAUGCGGGGGAUCUCGACGCGGUUUUGCGGGUUUGGGACGAGUGGCGGAGGACGUUGGACGGUGCCCGUCCGUGCGCGGAGUCGUACAAUGUCGUCAUGGAAGUUUACGUCGAUAAGGGUAUGGACGAGGAUGCCGUAAAGGUGUUCUAUCGGAUGGUCGACGAAGGGGCGCUCCCGAAUUGUAGGACGUAUACGAUUGUUAUGCGUCAUUUGAUCGAGCAGGGGAAGGCGGAUCAUGCGAUGGAGCUCUUCCGUUUGCUUUCGCGUAUGAGGAUCAAGCGGACAGUUAAGCAGUAUUCGAUGUUGGUCGAUGCGUUUUCUGGCAUCGAUGACUUGAAUUCCGUCAAGGUUUUGCUUGACGAGAUGCGCGCUGACGGAAUAUUACCCGGUAGAGCGAUGGCUUCGUCGUUGCGACGGAUGAAGGAGGCCGGGUAUGUCGAAGAAACCGAAGAAUUGGUUGGGGAGAUGAUGCUGGACGAGAGGGUUACGAGUAUAAGUUAUUCGAUGGAUAGUGAUGAAGAUGACAUUGACGACAAGGAUGGCGAGAAAGAUCGAGUUUUCCUGAAACCGUGGUUGGAUCCCGCGGCGUUAGCGCAAGCCUUGCGCGAUUGGGAUCCCAACGACGUCGCUACGCUGAAAGGCGCAAACUUGACGUGGACGAGUCGACUAGUCUGCAAGUUAAUACGCAGCUUCAAGUCAGCCGAGACGGCGUGGAAGUUCUUCGGGUGGGUCGCGCACCAGCCGGGUUUCGUGCACGACGUCUACACAGCGUCAAGGAUGAUCGCCAAGCUGGCGCGCGACGGGCACGCGGAGCUCGUCGAUCGUCUCCUGUCAAAGCUCGACCGCGAAGGCAUCAGGCUAUCGUUCACCACCGUCCGAUUGGUUAUCGACUUCUACGGAUUAUCGAAAAACGGCGUCGCAGCCCUGACCGUCUUCCGGAACGUCGAAACCAUCUGCGGCGGCCCCGUGACGAAACCCGGCCGGCUGAUCUUAUACUCGUCGCUUCUGCGGACUUUGUCCAAAUGCGAAAUGACGACCGAGGCAUUGAACGCGCUCGAAGAGAUGAUUCUGUCGGGCAUUUCUCCCGACCUCCAAACGUUCGCCGGGAUGAUGCACGAUUGCGCCGUGCGGGGGGAUAUCAAGACGGUGCAGCGGCUGUUCGGGAUCGUUCGACAGAGCGGAAUCGAGCCGGAUGGGUAUACGUACGCGAGUGUUAUCCGUGCGUAUUGCAAGAGCGAGCGAGCUUCGCUCGCGUUAAGGGUGUGGGAGGAUAUGCGUGGGUCGGGAUUAAUGCCGGAUUUGGCGACGAAGGAGCUGCUGGUGAAGAGUCUAUGGAAGGAAGGGAAGCUAAGAGAGGCGGCUCGAGUGGAGGAGACGGGCAGUGAUGCGGCGGCGGCGGCGGUGGCCGGACAUUUGUACACGGUGAGCGCGGCGGAUCUAGCGCGAGUUUGCCGGAUUUACUCGGCUACACGCCAGCCUUGAGGCUGGCGGAAUCCUUGUCCCGGAACAGGCCUUGUCCCGGAACAGGCCUACGUUCAUUCAGGGGGACAUAAGCCUGAUUCGGGACGAAUUUUAAAUUAUUAUUUUUUUUAUAUUUAAAUUAUGAAAA